AUGGACAUGACGCUGGAAAGUGAAGUUCAAGCUACUAGACGAGGUGCUCUGGUCGUUGUGGAAGGCUUGGAUCGCGCAGGAAAAUCAACACAAUGCACAAGACUGCACCAGUUCCUUGUAGAUCAAGGACACAAGGCGAAAUACAUUCGAUUCCCAGAUAGAACUACAUCCAUUGGCAAGAUGAUAAACCAAUAUCUUCGUGCGGAAAUACAGCUUGACGACCAUGCGGUCCACCUGCUCUUCUCCGCAAAUCGGUGGGAGGCCGCUGCACAGAUACGACAAGACAUAGAGGCCGGGAUUACCGUUAUCGUUGACCGGUACUCGUAUUCUGGGGCCGUAUACUCGGCUGCAAAGGAGAACAAGGAACUGCAGCUUGACUGGGCAUGGCGGCCUGAAGUCGGGUUGCCUCGACCGGAUAUAUGGUUCUUUUUGAACAUAUCGACUGAAGUUGCGGCCGCGAGAGGGGGAUAUGGAACAGAGAGAUAUGAGACUGUCAAUCUGCAACAGAGAGUUGGGAAACUCUUCCUAUCUUUGUCUGGGCUGAAGGGAAAUGAAGAUAUGAGAAUUGUUGAUGCAGGAAGGGAGAUGGAUGAGAUAUCUAGUGAUAUUCGGGAUGAAGUGCUACAGACGAUGACCAAAAUUGAUUCUAUAGGGCCACUGCGGAGGCUUGAUGCUUUGGUGUUUACGGAGACAGGAGACAAGAGCUCUUCAUAG